AUGGUUCGAAAACUGAAGCAUCAUGAGCAGAAACUGCUGAAGAAAGUCGACUUUUUAGACUGGAAGCAGGACCAAGGGCAUAGGGACACUCAGGUGAUGGCUAAAUAUCAUCUUCAGAAAAGAGAAGAUUAUCAUAAGUACAAUAAAAUCUGUGGAGAGAUUCGAAAACUAGCAAGAAAGUUGUCUCUUUUGCAGCCAAAUGAUCCUUUCAGAAUCAAACACGAACAACUCUUAUUAGACAAGCUUUAUUCUAUGGGAGUUUUGGAAAGUAAGUCAAAAAUUAGUGAUCUAGAGAACAAAGUAAUGGUAAGCUCAUUCUGUCGAAGAAGAAUAGGAGUUGUGAUGUUUCGUCUCAAGAUGGCACAAUCGAUUAAAGAUGCAGUAACAUUCAUUGAGCAAGGGCACGUCAGAGUUGGACCCAAUGUUAUCACCGAUCCAGCCUACUUGGUAACACGGCAGAUGGAAGAUUACCUGACUUGGGUUGAUAGUUCUAAAAUCAAACAAAACCUGCUCAAGUUUAGAAAUAAGGUGGAUGAUUUUGACUUCAGUUAA